AUGGCGGCAGCGGCGCUGCCGAGGGAGUUUGGCUACGUGGCCGUGGUCGUCGUCCUCUACUCCCUCCUCAACUUCUGGAUGGCGGCCCAGGUCAUCCGAGCUCGCAAAAGGUAACUCCUCUCUCUCUCUCUCUCUCUCUCUCUCUCGCUCUGUAGUUCUCUGCUUCUCUGGCCUCUCUCUCCCUGAUCCGAUCAACCGGCAGGUACAAGGUCUCCUACCCCGCCCUGUACGCGCUCGAAUCAGAGAACAAGGACGCCAUGCUCUUCAACUGCAUCCAGGUCCCAUAAUCUCUGUGGCCACUAGUUUCCUAGCUUCUGGGAGAUGAGAUACUGACGGCGCUUUCCUCUUUUGUAUGGCGGCGGCUGUCAGAGAGGGCAUCAGAACUCGCUGGAACUGAUGCCUCUCUUCUUCGUCACCCUCCUCCUCGGCGGAAUCCAACACCCCGUCCUGGCGGCGGCGCUAGGAGCCCUCUACACCGUCUCCCGGUUCUUCUACUUCAGGGGCUACUCUACCGGCAUCCCAGAGAAUCGCAACAAGCUCGGGUAAGAGAGAGUAAGAGAGAGAGAGAGAGAGAGAGAGAGAGAGAGGAGGGAAACCCUAAUUCUAGCUGCUGCUAACUGGCGGCGCGGCCUUCUGCAGGGGGUUCUACUUCCUGGCGCUGGUGGGUCUCAUCCUCUGCACCGCCUCUCUGGGGAUCCGCCUCCUCAUCCGCGGGGUUCUGUAG